AUGGGUGGUUGGCUCGCUACUAUAGACCAGGAGUCCACAUUCGACGGGAUACGAAACGCCGUUAUUGAUGAAGGAAUGGACAAUGAAGACUGUCACAAUUAUGGCUUCUGGAUUGGCUAUUAUGACGCUACCCCUGACGGUGAUGGUCACACAGCUUUGGACUUUGAGUGGUUUCAUGAUAUGUGUACUGACUGGACAGAGGGUCAAAACUGUGUCCAGAUGUGGUUCAGAAAGCAAGGCAGAUUUGACGACCAAUACUGCACAAAAUUAAAGGGAUAUGUUUGUUAA